AUGGACGGCUUACAACUCUCCUGGUCAUCCUCACUCCGAGUCGCCCAUCCAGCCCGCAUCGCCAGCAAGGACCUACAGGGUGACAAGAUCCUGCUCCCCCAGUCCGCCCUCGAACAGCUGCUGGCUGCGUCCUCGAGCUCAGCCCCGGGGAUGCACUCCUUUACGGCCUUCGACUCCCACAACCCAUACUCCGUCGCCGGCCGACGACAAUUCCGCGACAACGACCGCCAGCUGCCUCACCCGCUCAUGUUCCAGUUGAUCAACCAGAAGAACGGCAACACCGUUUACGCCGGUAUCCGCGAGUUCUCCGCCGACGAGGGCGAAGUCGCCCUUAGCCCCCAUCUGCUCGACGCUUUGGGGAUUUGCGAGUCGGAUAUUGCAGAGGUGUCGGCCGGUAGGACAGAAGAUGGCGCCCGGAUUGUGGUCAGGGCGAAGCAGCUGCCCAAAGGCGAAUAUGUGCGUCUGAGGCCCAUGGAGGCCGGCUACGACCCCGACGAUUGGAGGCCGUUACUGGAAAGACAACUUCGCAGCAGCUACACAACGCUUACGAAGGGCUCGAUUCUGACCGUCCAAGGUGCCAAGGGUGAGGAAUUCCGCUUUCUGACUGACCGGUUUCGGCCCGAGGGCGACGGCAUAUGCGUGGUCGACACAGACCUCGAGGUCGACAUCGAGCCACUGGACGAGGAACAAGCUAGGGAAACACUUCGCCAGAUCCAGGCCAAGGCGCAGAAAGCUCCGGGCACCGCCAAUGGCAGCUCCGUUGGACACGCAAUCGAUAUAUGGAAGGAUGUCGAUGGCCAGGUCCUGGGAGGGGACUAUGUAGACUACGAGCUGCCGGCAUGGGACAAGUCGCGGCCGCUCGCUAUUGAGCUGACGAUUCAAGACGAACGCGAGGUCGAUCUCUACGUUAGCCCCAAGUCGAAUCGGCAACGAUCCAGGCCGCGCGAAGACGAGCAUAUAUUCGCCGACUUUUCCUCGCCGAAGGACGGCGUGAAGCGCAUCGUCAUCCAGCCCGGCAAUGUCGAGCUCGAGGGGGCAGAGAGCCUCCUGAUCUCGAUCCAUGGCUUCGUUCUUCCUGACAGCUCUUCCGACCCGACACCCCGCCGCUACACCCUGCGUGCCCGGGCUGUCGACACAGACAGGCCAGCGCCAAACGGCUCAACCUCAGCCCCCACCGCGCCAUCCUCUGACGAGGAACAAUGCCGCAAUUGCCUGCAAAACGUUCCCAAACGCACCAUGCUCCUCCACGAAUCCUUCUGCCUCCGCAACAACAUUAUCUGUCCCGAGUGCCGCCUCGUCUUCCAAAAAUCCUCCCCCGAAUGGUCCUCCCACUGGCACUGCCCAACCCAUCCCUCGGCCAGCGGCUCAACCCCACUGAGCAAAGCCAAGCACGACUACAUCGAGCACACCCAACACACAUGUCCCGCCUGCGGGCCCUCUUCGCCCUUCACGUUUCCUUCAUUACCAGAACUAUCUCGCCACCGCACAACCAUCUGCCCCCACAAACCCAUUCUCUGUUCAUUUUGUCAUCUCGAAGUCCCCCAAGAAGGUGACCCCUUAGAUCCAGCUUGCGAAGCAGAGACCGCGCUGACGGGGCUAACACCCCAUGAACGCGCAGACGGCGCUCGCACGACGGAUUGUCACCUGUGUGGAGCGAUCGUUAGACUCAGGGAUAUGGCUGCGCACAUGGCGCACCACGAACUCGACAAACUGUCUCGGCCGAAGCCCAUCCCUUGUCGGGUUGCGCUAUGCGGAAGAACAUUGUAUGGUGCCAGUGCAAAAGGAACUACCCGUGUCGGAGGCCAAGGACCGGGGAAUGACUUGGGGUUGUGCAGCAUAUGUUUUGCGCCGUUGUGGGCUAAUCUGCAUGACCCGGAGGGGAAGGCUUUGCGGAGGAGAAUCGAGCGGAAAUUUCUUACGCAGUUGAUGUCGGGGUGUGGGAAGAAAUGGUGCGGGAAUGAGUACUGUAAAACCGGCCGCAAGAACCUGGGACUGCCGCCUAAGGGCGAAAAGGCUGCUGAAGCGAUGCAGAUUGUGAAGGGGCUCAUGGAGGGGGUUUAUGACACGCAUAGGGAGGGAAGUGUGUGGUUUUGUGUGGAUGAGGCUUCACAGAAACGAAGGAAGAUUGCGGAGAUGUUGGCCGCUGAAGGGGUGUAUGAGUUGGAGUGGUGCGUUGCGGCUGUGGAAGCAGAAGGGGGCAGUUUGGAACGGGCGAGGGGGGUGGUUGGGGGAUUGGGCGCCUACUAA